UCCUUUCUCGGUCCCCUCUUGUUUCCGGUGCCGUCACGGGACAGAGCAGUCGGUGACAGCUCCGAGGGCCCCCACCCCGCUCCCAUGGCCGAGCCGGACCCCUCUGACCCUCUGGAGACCCAGGCAGGGAAGGUGCAGGAGGCUCAGGAUUCAGACUCGGACACUGAGGGAGGAGCUUCUGGCGGAGCGGCAGAGAUGGACUUCCUGCGGAAUUUAUUCUCCCAGACCCUGGGCCUGGGCUCCCAGAAGGAGCGCCUGCUGGACGAGCUGAGCCUCGAAGGAGUGACCCGCUACAUGCAGAGCGAGCGCUGUCGCAGGGUCAUCUGUUUGGUGGGAGCCGGAAUCUCCACAUCUGCGGGUAUCCCUGACUUCCGCUCCCCAUCCACUGGCCUCUAUGCGAACCUGGAGAAGUACCGCCUUCCUUACCCGGAAGCCAUCUUUGAGAUCAGUUACUUCAAGAAACAUCCAGAACCCUUCUUUGCCCUUGCCAAGGAGCUCUACCCCGGGCAGUUCAAGCCGACCAUCUGCCACUACUUCAUCCGCCUGCUGAAGGAGAAAGGGAUGCUGCUGCGCUGCUACACGCAGAACAUAGACACUCUGGAGCGAGUGGCGGGGCUGGAGCCCGAGGACCUGGUGGAGGCCCACGGCACCUUCUACACCUCCCACUGCGUCAGCUCCAGCUGCCGCCAAGAAUACACGCUGAGCUGGAUGAAAGAGAAGAUCUUCUCAGAAGCAACCCCCAAGUGCGAGAAAUGUCAGAGUGUGGUGAAGCCUGAUAUCGUGUUCUUCGGUGAGAAUCUUCCGCCACGCUUCUUCUCCUGCAUGCAGUCAGACUUCUCGAAGGUGGACCUCCUCAUCAUCAUGGGCACCUCCCUGCAGGUGCAGCCCUUCGCCUCCCUCAUCAGCAAGGCACCACUGUCUACCCCACGCCUGCUCAUCAACAAGGAGAAGACGGGCCAGACAGAUCCCUUCCUGGGCAUGAUGAUGGGCUUGGGAGGCGGCAUGGAUUUUGACUCCAAGAAAGCUUACAGGGAUGUGGCCUGGCUAGGUGACUGUGACCAAGGCUGCCUGGCCCUCGCUGACCUCCUCGGAUGGAAGAAGGAACUGGAAGACCUUGUCCGGAGGGAGCAUGCCAGCAUAGAUGCUCAGUCAGGGUCACAGGCCCCGAACCCCAGCACUGGCACCUCCCCUAGAAAGUCCCCACCUCCAGCCAAGGAGGCGGCCAGGACCGAAGAGAAAGAGAAGCGCCCCUGACCACUGCCUCCCGAGCAGGACAGAGGAGCCCCAGCCAGCUCUGGCCCCUCUAACACGAGCUGCUGUGGGUUCGUUCAGUGGAUCCUUCAUUCUCUUAACCACUUUCUUCAAACCAGGGGCCCCAACUCAAUCCCAGAAAAUUCUAAUAUCCCUGAGGGCUGAGGGCUGCACAGCCCAUCCCACAGCCUCUAACCACCGAGGGCAGGAAGAGACCUCCCCUAACUUCUAACAACUCCCAGAGAUCAGGUUACCCCCAAACUGCUAACUGCCAGAACAAGGCAUUUCUCCAUUCUUCUCAGGGGGCCGUGUCUAAAUCAAAUUAACCUACCCCACAGAAGGGCUGGACUUCUGUGGUGAUGUAGAACUGCACCCAGGGGUUAGAAUCUGUGGGGUCUCUAAGCCUGAAGGCCCCCCAAUUCUCUGCCUCCAACAGACAAAGUGGGUGCUGGCCUCCCUUUCCUAGGGACCCUCUUGCCAGCCAGUGGGGGAUGAGCAGGAGACUUGCUUAUUGGAAACAAAUUAAAAACCAGAACAAAGCAACUAAC